AUGGCUUCACAUGAUAACCCACUUAAGAUUCUUGAAACUUGCCGAGUUGCUCCAUUUCCCAACUCAUCCCAGUCCGCUACCGAGUUAUCUCUUCCUCUCACUUUCUUUGAUACAUUCUGGUUGAAAUUUCCUCCGGUGGAGCGUCUCUUCUUUUACCAACUCUCUCAUUCAACCCUUCAGCACUUCAACUCAACCAUACUUCCCAAACUCAAACAUUCACUCUCUCUCGCUCUUCUUCACUACCUCCCUCUCGCCGGCAAACUCACAUGGCCUCCAAAUGUCCCCAAGCCUAUCAUCUCCUACAUACCAGACGACGCCGUUUCUCUCCUCGUCGCCGAGUCAACCGCAGACUUUAACCGUCUCUCCGGCAAUGAAAUUCGUGAGUCUCCCGAGUUACGACAUUUAACACCGGAGUUGUUGACAUCUGAUGAGAGAGCAUCAAGCAUGGCUCUGCAAAUAACAUUGUUUACAAAUCAAGGCUUUUCUAUUGGCAUCACUACGCACCAUGCAGUUAUAGAUGGCAAUGCUGCCACUAAGUUCAUGAAAUCCUGGGCUUAUCUAUGCACAAAACAAGACACACAAGACCCUUCUUUGCUGCCAGAACUUACUCCGUUCUUUGAUCGGACGGUUAUCAAAGACCCGACUGGACUUUACAUGGUUUUCUUGAAGAACUAUUCAGGUUCCAUGGGGUCCGAUAUUUCAGAAGUCAACCAGCUAAGCUUGAAGGUAAUAGAAGAUUUAGGAGUAAAUCGGAAUUCACUUGGAGCAACGUUUAAGCUGACUCGUGAAGAUAUAAAAAAACUCAGAGAAAAGAUAUUGUCCAAAGCAGAAGAAGAAAAACCUACAAAGGAGCUUCAUUUAUCCACUUUUGUGGUUACAUAUGUGUAUCUUUUAAUUUGUCUUGUGAAAACAAGAGGGGGAGAAGGUGAGAGAAAGGUUAACUUUUUGUUCCCAGUGGAUUAUAGAAACCGUAUGGAUCCUCCACUCCCUGCAAAUUAUUUCGGCAACUGUGUUUUUCCCGGACAAGCGAUUAUCAAAGCGAGAGAUUUCAUGGAGGAAAAUGGGGUUGUAAUUAUCACGGAGAAAAUCAGUAACAUGAUAAGGGAAAUUGAGGAGAAGGGAGUUUAUGAAGGUGCAGAAAAGAAUUUAGAAAAUUUGAUGACUGUGGAAGCGGGAGCACAAACGCUUAGUAUUGCCGGUUCGAUCCGGUUCAAUGUUUACGGGGUUGAUUUCGGGUGGGGAAGGCCGAAGAAAGUAGAGAUAGUGUCUGUCGAUAGAACAGGAGCGAUUGCUUUGGCGGAGAGUGGGGAUGGAAAUGGCAUUGAAAUUGGUGUCGUUUUGAACGAGAACGAAAUGGAGACUUUUAAGUCUCUCUUUGUUUCUGCCAAAGGAAAAGAAGGUAAUAGAAAAGGUAUAUUAGGAUUCAGGGCGGAUUACAGGACCCGUCUAGACCCUCCGCUUCCACUGAAUUAUUUUGGUAACUGUGUGAGAGGACACAGGGUAGUUGCCGAAGCAAGAGAUUUCACGGAGAAAAAUGAGGUUGGUUUUGUCGCAGAGAAACUAAGUGACAAGAUCAAAGGGUUGGAAAGAGGAUUGGAGGAGAAUGAUGCAAAGUUAACGACGAUGAGAGGAGGAGGGAAUAGUGUUUGGCGUUGCUGGGUCAACCCGGUUUGA